UGUGCUCUAUCUCCUCCGCCGAAACAUGUCGCAAAGGAAACACGUCCCAUACGACAUCAUCAUCGUCAGCAUCCUGCCAAAGCUACCGAUCAAAUCAAUAGUAAGGUUCAGAUGUGUCAGCAAGUUAUGGGACUCCACAAUCACCAGCUCUGAUUUCAUCUCCACCCACCUUAGUAACAACAACAAUAACAACGUUUCUGAUCAUAGUUAUCUCAUACACAUGCCUAGUGUUAUCACAAAGGAAGCCACGCAUUCUUCUUCUUCAUCUUCUUCUCUUUCUAACCCAGUUUGUAUGGUUGCUUGUGAUCCUAAGUUUAACAAGAUUUCUGAGUAUAAAAUUUCCUCAGAUUUCUCUAUAGAGUUUUCCAAUAUAGUAGGUUCAUGCAAUGGCGUAUUGUGUCUCGCUGAUUCUUCAUGGAACCCCACGUAUUUGUGGAACCCCAGCAUUAGAAAGUUCAAGAGUUUGCCUUGCUUAAGCAAAUACCAAUGGGUUUCCGCUGGAUUUGCUUAUCAGUCUGAAACCAAUGACUACAAGGUCAUAAAGAUAUAUUCUACGUCUGAACCCUACAUCAAAAGACAUGCUGAGCUCCAGGCCGAGGUUUACACGUUAAGUUCGGAUGAAUGGAGAAGGGUUGGAAUCUCAUUGAACUUAAUAAGAUUAAAGGAAUCUCAUUCAUCUGAUACAUUUGUUAGUGGGGCUUUGCAUUGGGUGGCAUGGAUUAAAGAGGAUUUCGGAAUUAGUAGAAAAAAGAUUUUGUCAUUUGAUGUCAACAAUGAGAAAUUUGGAGAGAUAGCAAUCCCUUAUGGUGGGAAAAUACACCCAGAAAUUCUAGUGGUGAUCAAGGGGAAUCUGGCCUUCAUUUCAUCAGAAUUUUGUUAUGCCCCUGGAAUACGCUACGGCGUUUGGGUGAUGGGGGAGUAUGGUGUAUGUGAAUCAUGGAAUAAACUUUUUACCUUGCGGUUGGGAGGUUUUGAAUCCAUAAUUGGUUGCACGAGGCAUGGUGAAGUUAUAGUAAAGACCGCCAAGACUAAAUAUGAUGCUGAAUUACAGGGGGGAAUUCAUUUUGUUGUUGUUAUAAUUGACCCUGUAACUCUAAAUGAGAAGGAGCUUAUUGUUCCACAUUUUCCAACUAAAGCUACUACUUUUGUGGAAAGCCUUGUGUUGCUUGAUGAAAAUCCGGAUAAGAAGAUUUCAUAGAAUCUUGUUAUAUGCAAGCUCUAAUAGAAAUAAUGAGACCAUUAUCAUGUUGUUUCCUUUGAAGUAUUGGUGUGAUUUAGAGGGUUGGAUUUUGUCCAUGAUUUAUAACAUCCCUUAAUGUUUGUGGAAUGGGGUAUCAAAUACCGGAGAGGAUCAAGUUUGAUUGCUGUUAUCUGCAGAUUAGCUUGAGGUUGUGCAGUUUGCCAUCGUUUGUCGCCGAGAAUAGAGCAUUCAUGGAGGUCUGAUUAGCUUUGAGGAAGGUAUUGUGCAUUCAAAUUCAUGAGUUUGCUAGAGAGACUUUUGUCAACAAAACCAUGUUUGUAAUAGGGAUUUAUGUUUUGCCUGAGAAGUCCCUUGCUCUGUUUUGAGGGGAAAUUCCCCAUCAUGUGUUUGCUUAACUGUCUUUUAAUAACAGGUUUUUAGUGAUAAGAGUACUAGUCAUAAAUUUUAUGAGCAAGGUCAUGAAUUUUACAAUGAAAGGAACUAAUUACUUAUUUCAUAUGCAGAUUGUGAGGCAAAUGACCAAUAAAUAAAUUA